GAUUACAUUAUUAUGCGCAUUCAUUAGCGGUGAAAAAUAAUAACAAUAAUCGAAAUAUUAAGCCUUUGAAUCUUUGUUUGUUUUUAAAUUACCUUUUUUUUAUUUUUACUCUUGAUGAAGCCGAAAUAACAAGACUUUUUCCGAAAGAAAGAACUUUGUUUUAUUUGUUUUCCACGCACCGUGUUAGUUUUGCACCAGAAUAACUCUAAAACUACUGUGUAAAUAUUUAAAGCCGAGAAAUGUUUAUUUAAAGAAAAAGAAAAAAGCAUUGCUGUCUCUGUCUGUUCGCAUGCAAAUGUGUCCGUUGCUCUCACGAACUACACCUCCCACAAUGCACCGCGCCCGCCAGCUAGUGUGGGGUCAGAGGGCGCGUCGCCAUGGCAGCGGCUGGUUGUGACAUCAGCGCCAUUUUGCCUGAGUGUUGUGAUGGAAGCAGCGAGAAAAUCAGAAUCCGACAGAAAAGCACCGAAAUUCAGAAGCGAAGCAGACAAAUUCAGACCAGAGGGAGCCGAUUCGGCGAAUCAGACUGAAUCGCGUCGAGAAUCGAACCGAAUCAGGACGGGCGUCGUUCAGAGUCGGAGCGAUCUGCGAUAAAAGGUGUGUCGUCGCAUCAUGUGACGCUUCCCGUCCCUCAUCACCAUGACCAAUUCCCGUGCGUCCCUGGCUCCGUCUGGACUCUGAUCAUCCAUGAUGAUUUAUGGGCUGAUUCCUCAGGAGUUACACGCGCAGCUCCUGGACCACCAGAACUAUCAGAACCGGACCAGCGGCGUGGAGAAGCUGAAGAACAUCCUCCUGGAGCUGGAUCUCCAGCAGGUCUCCUCCGGCAGCAUCGUGGAGUUCAUCCAGUUCUUACGCAAGCUCCUGGACGACAGCAACUUCAAGGUGUUGUACGGCGCGCUGCAGCUCAUCAACCUGCUCAUCGAGAAGCUGGACUGCGAUGUGGAGCGCUAUUAUAAGGAGAUCGUGGGCGUGACGGUGCGAGCGCUGGGCGACUCGCGAAACGUCACGCGGCACGAGUACAUGAACGUCUUCAGGCAGCUGAUGAGGAUGGUGGGGCCGCAGAAGGUUCUGGAUCUGGUGGUGGCUCAGCUCAAGCACAGGAACUCCAGGGUUCGAGAGGACGCCGUCAACAUCAUCACGGCUGCCAUGCUAAUGCAUCCGCGCAAGGACUUCGACAUCCCCGGCCUGUGUGCGGAAGCGGCGCCGGCGCUCGCCGACAGCAAGAAGAAGGUGCGUCACGCGGCUCUGGAGCUCUUCGCCGUCUUCGACUACUGUCUGGACACGGGUAAGAAGCAGCCGCUCACGAAGGCCGUGGAUCGAGUGGAGCUCGCCGGAGACGCCGAGGGCCUGAUGGCCGCUGUACAGGCGCGGAGAGCACGGCACAUUCUCCCUCGGCUCUCCGCCGACGGCACCGUCGAGUACGCGCUCGUGCUUCCCAAACCGGGACAGAGACGGACGCCUCAGCUGGGCUCCGGGGCCGAUCUGGACUGGGUUCUGAACGGAGGCCGGGUUCACAGCUCUCGCUCAGACGUGGAUCUGACGGAUAACACGCCUCAGCAGAGGAGGAUGGUGAGCGCCGGGAAAGGGAAGAACAAACUGCCCUGGGAGAGAUCGGCCCUCUCUGUGGAGCUUCAGACCAAUGGAAAGUCACCUGAUCAGCAGGUUGGCAGUGAAGAUGCGUCCUCGUCCAUGAGACUCCGUCAGGACGCUGGAGCCAAAUACAGUCCAUCAGAACCGUUCCUGUCUCCAGGCCGGACCCGCAGGUCUCUGGGUCGACUGCGCCGCAGCGGGAGUUUGGACUCGGAUCCAGACAUUUUCAAAGCGGCCAAUCUCUCCGAGUCUGAGAAAGGUUUGCCCAAGACGAGUCGUUUUCUGUCGGGCAGCGUUGAGCGAACGUUCUCCCUCCCGACUAACUCCACACCUCCGGGCUCGUUUCUGCUGCCCUCGUACCCGCUGACCGCGCUAACAGGGAGUCUGCUGACCCCGACCUUACCCCGCCGAAACCACGCUGACCCCUCGCUGUCCAUGUCCAACACGUGGCCCAACAAACGUGACAUCAGCCCUCACCGCUCUGGUGAGGUGAGCUCCAGAAAACGCUCUCCGCUGCCUCCUCGAGCUGUUCGGGCCUCAUCCAUCCGUCAGAGCCCAAACACCGGCAGACCCUCGUCGCAGGACAAACACAUGGACAGAAACCUGCACCUGGAUCUGUCGGUCAGCAGCGGCGCAGGAGAGCCGGAGGACGAGCCGCUGGACCGCGAGGAGAUGCUGAACUCCUUGCGCUCGUUGAGGAACAGCGCUGCUAAGAAACGGGCCAAAGUCAGCGUGAGCAGCUCUGAGCCGGAUCCAGACAGUCCGGACUCGGCGGUGAAGCUGGAGCUGGUUCCUGAUUCUCCGGAGCAGACGUCUCCAUCCGUCACCAGCCCUCUGAGCGAGAGCGGCCUGAGCAGCCUGUACUCGCCCCCGUCACCCAAUGGCACCAAGAGCAGCCCUGUGAGCUCUGCUGUGAAACCUCAAGUGUCAUCAGGAAGACACGUCACAGCAGACGUCAGCGCUCAAGGUGUGACGCAGCAGGAGAAGAGUCUGUCUGAUGGGAAUGUGAGUGUGGUUGGUCAGAGACUCGUUUACUCAAACAGAUCGUUAGAUCCAGACGAGGAGAAGCCCAGCGACAUGACAUCAUCAUCAUCGUCCUCAUCGCCGCAGAUCAGAGCCGCCGGCCGCGAGCCGCUCCGCGCUCUCAGACCCGCUAAAGGAUCUCAGCAGCGUGUGUCUAAGUCGUGCGCUCGUGACAUGUCGGAGGGCGUGAUCGGACGAGGAGUGUUCGGUUCGAUUGUUCUGCCCAGUCGUCUCAGUGUGACGUCUUCUCCAGAGCAGGGCGACUCGGUCGGUAAAAGCAUCCAUGAGCCUCCGUCGGCUGUGUACGGACAUGCCUUCACCAGCGCACUCGUCGAGUCUGACGCCAGUCCAGAACCGGAGGAGCUGCCGGUCACUCAGGAGAGAGUCAGACUCUCCAAGUUUGCGAGUGACAAGAUGCAUCAGCGGCGUCUAGAGCAGCAGGACACGCCCUCCGCUCAGGACCCAAUGAGACGCCGCGUGCUCAUCGACGAUGUGAAAGGCGUGAGUCUAAAUGGAUGUGAGUCGCUCUCUGAUGAAUCUCCCUCCAGCCCGACUGGACCACAGAAUCCAGUGAAAUGCCUAAGCCCCGCCCAUCAGCCCGCCCCCCCAACCAGCCCGCCCAAUAGGAACGCAGCGCCACGACUGAGACGAGUGUCUAGUCUGAACCGGACCAGACCGUCUGCGUCACACGGCUCCGAUGAGUUGAUUACAGGGAGUCCGAAGAAAGAGGGUCAGGAUCAGGCAGACCUGCGGCCGUUCUCUAAACCGGAGCUGGCGCUGACGCAGAGCUUCAGACUGAUCUCCUCAGACGACUGGGAGAAGAAGAUCGAGGGGUUGAACUUCCUGCGUAGUUUGGCUCAGUAUCAUCCUGACGUCCUCAUGAGCAGGAUUCAUGACGUGUGUCUCGCUCUCAUUCAGGAGGCUCGUAACCUGCGCUCCAGCGUGUCUCGCGUGGCUGUGGUGACGCUGGGCGAGAUGUUCGUGGCGCUGCAGAAGGGAAUGGAUCAGGAACUGGACGGGACGGUCAGAGCUCUGCUGCAUAAAGCCGGAGAAUCCAAUGCCUUCAUCAGACUGGACGUGGAGCGAGCGCUUGACAGCAUGGUGCAUCACUGCACACUCACACGCAGCAUGAGCGCGCUGCUCGCCGGAGGAAUCGGUCAUCUGAACUCAGUAGUGCGUAAGUGUGCGGCUCAGCAUCUCAGCGCUCUGGUGGAGCGGGCCGGAGCCGCCCGUCUGCUGUCCGGUGCUAAAGAUCUGACCGACCGAAUCCUGCCGGCCGUCUGUAAGCUGGUGCAGGACUCGUCUCAGGAGGCCAGGUACUUUGGUCGACGGAUGCUGCUUUUUUUGUCCUCUCACCGUGACUUUGAUAAAAUGCUGGAGAAGUUCGUCCCUGCUAAAGACCUGCCGACUAUAAGAGACACCGUCUUCUCUCUCCAAACCAAGGGUUUGGGGGAGAUGCCUCAGGACGCUCCAUCGGCACGGGGCCGGCGCUCUCUCCCGGGCAGCGGGCUGGUGCGCACCUCGUCCCUCACGCGUGAGCCUCUGAGUGGCAGCAGGGAUUGUGGGCAGGCGGUGAGUAAAGCGGCCGUGCACAGCCUGGCGGACCGGAGCGAGUACGUCAAACAGAUGAAGACGCUGCUCAACUCCAAAGACUUCAGGGAGAGAAUCAAGGCCAUCGAUCAGCUGGUGUGUGACUGCGAGGAGAACCCGGCUCUGGUCAUCAGCAGCCUGUUCCCGGUGUUUGACGCUCUGAAGGCGCGUCUGCAGGAGUCCAACAGUAAGGUGAACCUGCGGGCUCUGGAGGCUCUUCAGACCAUCGUGGCUCUGCUCAGAGACAGUCUGGCUCCAGUGCUCAACCUCCUGAUCCCCGCCGUCGUGGACAAUCACCUCAACUCCAAGAACAGCAGCAUCUCCACGGCGGCGCUGGGGGCCGUUCAGGCUCUGAUGCACAACAUCGACAACAGCCUCCUGCUGCAGCCCUUCUGCUCCAAAGCCCAGUAUCUGAGCGGGAAAGCCAAGCUGGACCUCAUCGAGAGAGUCGCAGAGCUGGUGACGGAGCUUUACCCGCGCAAACCGCAGCUGGUGGAGCAGAAGGUCCUGCCGCUCUUCUGGACCCUGCUCAGCUCGUCCGGUAACGGAGGAAACGUCCGGGCGGCCGCGGCCAAGCUGGCAGAAGCGCUGCAUGCACACAUGGGCCGGACGCUGCUGGAGAACGCCGCCGCAUCGCAGCCCGCAAACGUGCAGAGCGACCUGAGCGAGCUUCUGAGAGCCGCUCAAUCCUCCUGGACACAGACUGACCAUCUCUAACACACGUGUGAAUAAACACCCGCUUUCUCAGUCUGACCAUCUGACGCUUUGCACUUUCAUGGAGACUCCACACUACAGAACAUGACCUUUAAAUGCACAAUCACUCCGAUGUUGUUUUGUACCGUGUGCUCUGAUCAUUUCUACCAGACACGUGUGUGUGUGUGUGUGUGUGUGUGUGUGCAGAUUUACACCAGACUUUUGUACUGUAUAAUAGCGCAGUAUUAGCUGUACGGAUGCUGUGUGUCGCUGCUGUACGGUAUAUAUAUAUAUAUAUAUAUAUAUAUAUAAAUACUUAAUUAUGGCCUGUUUUAAGUGCGACCCGUCCUAGGUUAUUUGCAUGACCAAAUUUAUUGUUGGGUUUUUAAAAGCAAAAGAGGAAAAUCCUCAUUUGGACCAGGAAGGAUGCCGGUGUCCGCUCUGGGUGUGUUUCGGUGAGCUCAUGUCCAGAUGUAGUUCUCAGUUUAGUGCCAGUCAUUCCAGAACAGCCUUGAUGAGAUUUCACAUUAAAUUAUAUCAGAGAGACAGAGAUUUAUCUAUAUAAUAAAGUGUACUAUUUCUGUAAACACGUGUUCUGUGAUUGUUCACACUAUCUUCAUUAGUUUUCCUGUUAGAUCUUCAUAGUUUGUUUAUGUGAAAGAAUAAUUCACUUUCUGAUUUAAGGUCAUUUAUUGCUUCUGCUUUUGCCGGUGUUUUCACAUUAUUCUU